CAACCCGCUCGCGAGAUAACAAAAUGCCUCGAGUCCGCACACAACGCACCAAGAAGCCACCAGAGGGGUUUGCAGAGAUAGAAGAUACUUUGCUUGAGUUUGCAAAUCGGCUCAAAGACAUCGAAACUACCCCCCACGAAGGCCAGCGCAAGAACGAGUCGCUGUGGCCGGUAUUCCAGAUCACCCACCAGCGCUCGCGGUAUAUCUACGAUCUCUACUACACGCGAGAGGCCAUCUCUUCUCAACUCUACCAGUGGCUGCUGAAACAGGGCUAUGCGGACGGCAAUCUGAUAGCAAAGUGGAAGAAGCAGGGGUACGAGAAACUAUGCUGCCUGCGGUGUAUCCAGGCGAAGGAGAACAAUUUCAACGCUACGUGCAUCUGCAGAGUGCCAAAGGCGAAGCUGGCGAAGGACAAGGUGGUCGAGUGCGUGACGUGCGGGUGUCAUGGCUGCGCUAGCACGGAUUAGAGGAUGCGGGUGGUCAUGGGAAAGAUCAUUACGGAUGGCUGCAAAAUGGGUUUUAAUGUACGAUUAUCAUUUGUGUCUGAGGAGCUGUAAAUUAUUCACUUGUCAUCUUAUCACACCACUAAUGCUUGCUUUUGGGUUAUGGAAAUCUUUUAAAUUCACAAAGAGAA